AUGCAGUCUAAAUCGCGGUCGUGUCUGUUGUUUUACACAUUUCUUUUAAUUGUAAGUUUAGGUGAGAGUAUUCGCAUCUUAUUUUAGAUCAAUGGACUGGGAUUGGUGGCUCUCUCGUUGUGGUUUUUGCUAGAUCCGGCCAAGAAUUAUCUUCUGAAUCUAGUCGAUUUCUCAGAAGAUGAUCCCUUAUUAAAAUUCACGGCUUAUAUUGCCCUGAUAACAGGGAUAUGCCUACUAUUUGUGGCGCUGGUGGGCUGUUUCGGGACGGUGAUGUCCGGGAAGUUCAUAAUGGGAAUGGUAAAUUGUCGUUCUAUUCGUAACUUUCAAGUUUAGUAUCUUCUUUUUGUGGUUCUUUUAUUCUUCGCGGCUAUUUCAAUCAUCACCCUCCCAUUAAUAUUCAGGACAAAAGUAAGUAUUACUAUUAACAAAAAACACAGUAAGGCCGAAAAAGUACGCGAAACGCGGCCACAGAGAAAACAUCUUUUCAGCCAUAUAAGAGUGAAGAAAUAUUGCAUGACCGAUUUUGGGAUUUUGAAAAAGACGCAAUUUGCUUUCUCGAGCUUUUUUUCUCAUCUCGGUCUCAUUUUUUCCAUUCUAUUUUUUCAAAAAAAGUGAGGAGUGUUUUUAACGUUUUGCUUCGGAACGACCGGUGCGAUCUUAUUUCUUCACUCUUAUAUUUUUGCCAGUUUCGAGCGGAAAAAAAUAUUUUUUGUGGAAACAUUACCCUUUACGGUAGAAAUAGGUACGAAACUUUUUGCGUCAAAAUUUACAAACAAUCGUCAGAUUUUUCAAUUUUCGACUUAAAAUCCCGGUCGUUUCUGCAAAGCGCGAGUAUACAUGGCUCCCGGGCCAACACUAUUAUACAUUACUACUUUGCAGAUUUUACUAGUAAAAUUACUUAUCAACAAUUUUUCACUUCUUCCGUGCUUUAUUUUUAUAAAACUAUGCUUUCUGCGCGGCCCGCGGGCCGGAAGAGGUCGGCCCGAACACCGACCCGGGCCGGCCCAGCCCGGGAGCCAUGUCUAAGCGCGAGCAAGAAGUCCCGAAUUUGUCUUAUUGUUAGAAAAAUAAUCCUAAAUUUGCGCCAAGUUCCAUCAAAAUCUUAGCGUCGCACUUAGGGUACCGUUCCUGUAAUUUUUUUUUAGUUUGAGGGCACUCGGAUGGCUGUUUAUCUUGGAAAUAUCAGUUACAAUCGUUAUUACCGUGACAAAUGGACCAUGCCAUUGAUGGAUUCAAUUCAAUUCUAUGUAAAUUAAAAUAAUCUGAAUCCAUAUUCAACUUGUUUAGCAUAAAUGUUGUGGUGGAAUCCAUGGUGCUAUGGAUUACCACAACUCUUUCUGGUAUCUGACAAAUGUGGAGAGAGGGACCAGAAGCUUUGUUCCGUCCUCUUGUUGCAAACAAUCACAAGAUGGAAGAGCCUGGGCUUCCCGACCUAUUGAUCCCUUAUGUAUAACAUACCCUUACGGAACUUCCGCCUUUAAUGACGCUGUCAAUUCCCAAGGAUGUCAUGACAAAGUUCAAGCAUCCAUGGACGAGAUGAUACUAUAUUAUGUUGCCUCUGGAGCAGCUACAGCACUACUAUUGGUAGGUGUAAAACAGUGCCAGUAAAUAUAAUUUUUUUUAGUUCAUUGGAGCUAUCUCGACAAUAUUCUUUUAUCGCCAUCUCAAGUGGUAUAAAUACAUUCCACAAUAA